AUGCGUGCAAGCUGUCCUGGAUUUCUCGAUCGCCAUGGCAUCUGGAAUAAUGGUUUCGAUUGUCCACCACCUUCAGCUGGUCCUAUACGUAUGUGUUGUGGUACAGAAAGUGAACGUUAUUGUUGUAUUUCUGACGAUAAUGAUCAAACAAACAGCAACAAUAACAUUUAUUUUUCAAAUAAACAUCAAUUAUUUCGUACACUUUUGUCAUCAUCAUCCUCAAAGCCAAAGUUAUCUACUUAUUUAUCAGCAACAACAAUGAACGAUCGUUUUUCUAAUUAUACACCAUUUUUAACUGGGGUAUUUAGUCUAUUUAUAUGUUUUCUUAUCUGUCUGCUAUGUAUCUAUCUUUAUUUUCAAUUUACUCAAAAUUGUUGUUAUCCUAAACGAAAGAAACAAAAAGGAACAAAAACAGGAAUGGUUCGACAGUCACAACAGCAUGAUGGUUUAUUAACAUUAACGACACUUCAACCAUUACCAUACCGAAAUAUGGCUUAUCUAACAUCAUCUUCUACUUAUCGUUCCUCACAACAACAAAAUCGUAUAUCAACAAUCUCAAGUGAAACGGGAAAAUCUUCAACACGUACAGACACAUCGGUUUGUGACUUAACACCCUUGAAUUUAUAUCCAACGAUGACAACAUCAUUGUUAAUUAGCGAAAAUGAUGAAACAAAUCAACCACAAGUUCAUCAAGGUUCUCCAAUAUCUUCAUCUUGCUAUGUCUUUCCAAAUGAAUUGGAAUAUUUAUGUCAUAAAUAA